AUGCCCAAGUCGAAGCGCGCCAAGGUCGUCCACCUCACCCAGGUGUCCAAGAAGACGCGGGAGAACAAGGACAAGCUGUUUGAGAACAUUCGCAAUGAGAUUCCCGAGUACCAGACCUGCUUCGUCUUUAGCGUCGACAACAUGCGCAACAGCUACCUCAAGGAGGUGAGGCGCGAGCUCUCCGACUGCCGACUCUUCUUUGGCAAGACAAAGCUCAUGGCCAAGGCUCUUGGCCAGACCCCCGAGGAGGCCAUCGCGCCUGGUAUUGAGGGUAUCACGAAGCACCUGGCUGGCACCGUGGGCCUACUCCUGACGAACCGGCCGGCCGAAGAGAUCCUCGCCUACUUUGACAACCUCGCCCCCGUCGACUUUGCCCGCGCUGGCGUCGCUGCGUCCCGCGGCUUCUCUCUCCCCGCCGGUGUUCUCUACGCCACCGGCGGUGAGGUCCCUGCUGAGCACGACGUGCCCCUUGAGCACACCAUCGAGCCUGAGCUGCGCCGCCUCGGCGUGCCCACCCGCAUGGUCAAGGGCCGCGUUGUUCUUGGUGAUGAGUCUGGAGAGGGUGAAGACUAUGUCGUCUGCAAGGAGGGAGACAUUCUGGACUCGCGGCAGACGAGGCUGCUCAAGCUCUUUAGUGUGUGCCUGAGCGAGUUCAAGGUCAAGGUGUUAGCGUACUGGAGCGCCGCAACCUCCGAGGUGACAGAGGUCAACGCCAUGGAUGAGGAUUAA